AUGAAGACUGUGCACCUCCGGAAAACAUAUAGGGCGAUCCUGGAGUUGCCAUUGAGGCCUCUGAGACAUGUUUCCGAAUCCGUCAUGGAAAGGAUUGAAAGAGAGGCCAGCAAUUUGUGGGUGGACUUUCUCAGCAGCUCACGCUUGAUGAUUGCUUGGGCAGAAGACUGGCCUCAGGGAUUUAUUGGCCUCGUCUUGGUGCUCAGAUACACGCUUCCAGAUGAAGGGGUCAAGGGCAUUGGCUUUGCAGGCAUAUCAGCAGCGAUCAGCCUGUCGAAGGGACUUCUGAUCCCGACGUUCCAGAAAGCCAUGUUUGAGCGGCGUCGCCAAGAAGUGCAGCAAAGCUUGGAGCAUCUUGUAGGUUCCGACAAGGCCCUUUCGGAGCUCACCGACAGGUUGCUGGAGGCCCCGGGAAGGAUCCCUCGUGGUCAGAUAAAGAAGUUGUCGCAAGAGGUGCUGGAGGAGCUUUCGGACGACGUCUUGAGGCGCUUCAAUGUGGGAGAGCGUGAGCUCUUUCUUCCAAUCAUUUCAGAGCGUGACAGUUGGUUGAAGCAGUGCAUGUCUGAGGACAGGUUCGACACUGUAGUAGCCAAGCUAGUUGCUAUAUAUGUCAAAGGUGAUGCCUCAGCAGCCGACCUCAAAGCCGCACAGUAUUUAGCUGGAGAUUGCAAAAGAGCUGGCUUCUCCUGCGAAGAUUGCAAGAACGUCGGUUACAGUGCCGAGAGCUGCCGAAAAGGUGGCUUUUCAUGUCCCGAGUGCCGAGCGGUGGGACUCGUCCAAACCGCCGGAGAUUGUAAGGAAAGUGGCUUCACCUGUCCGGAUUGCAAAGCAGCGGGCUUCUCGGCGACAGAAUGCCGUGUCGCGAGCUUCUCUGUGAGAGAGUGCCGACAUGCAGCCUUCACGCUUGGUGAGUGCAAAGCUGCGGGCUACUCUGCAGAGGAGUGCAAAGCUGCGGGUUGCUCUGCGGAGGAGUGCCAGCUUGCGGGAUAUUCAGCCAGAGAGCUGAAGCCAGUUGGCUUUUCGGCCGCUGACCUCAAAAAGGCGAACUUUCCGGCCGCCGAGCUCCGCAAAGCGGGCUUCAAUGCGCGGGAAUUCAUGGAUGCAGGGUACUCGGCCGCUGAUUGCAAAGAGGCGGGAUUCUCAACUUCUGAGUGUAGCGGUGUCUAUCAGGACAAGGAGCUACAAAAAGCUGGUUUCACACGCGCGCUGUUGAGUCGUUUAGGACUUCGCCGUUCGCCGUAA